CAUCCCUGGUUCAUUGUUGGUGAAGUUAACGUGUCUGGAAAAGUGUCACUACUUUUCGGAUUCUCGGCCAUUGAUGUAUGGCUUUUAAAAGGUAUUUCAAUUGAAAGCCGGUGUUUUACAUUGAAGAAACAAGUAUUAUUCUGUUCUUUUACGGUACGCAACGCCUAAUACUGGUAUUGCACACCGAUGGUGGUAAGUAAGAAAAUUGGGCUGGCGUUGGCGGCCUUGACAAUCUUUUGCUUCCAUCGUACGGCAAGCGUUGAUCGAAAUAAUUUCAAGACUUGUGAACAAAGUAGCUUUUGUCGUCGAUUACGGCAGUCAGAAUUGAGCACAUUCCAUGUGCUACCCGAAACACUGCAAACUUACAAGCAGUAUAUUUUACUGGAUUUGCAAAACACGGAAACGAAACACCUGUAUGUCCUAAAAUUAGCGGCUAUCAAAGAUGGACUAUUUCACUUUCAAAUUGAUGAGAAAAGUCCUCUGAGUCAACGGUAUCGAGUGACAGACGCGCUGCAGAAAGAACCGGAAUAUGUUAACUUGAAAGUGGACGCUAAUACUCCAUCAGCCAUUACUGUUUCGAUUGACGGAACUCCAAAUAAAGCAGUUGUAGCGGUUUCACCGUUCCGGAUUGACUUCUACCAUGGGGACAAACCAAUUGUUUCCGCUAACUCGAAAGGCCUCAUGAAAUUCGAACACUUGCGAAGAAAGGAAUCGAAACAAACGGAAACAGCAGAAGGUGAUGGCCAAGAUACCCAGGAAAACGAAGUUCAGGAAGCGAAAGAGGAUCCAGGUGCCUGGGAAGAAAAUUUUAAAAGUCAUCACGACUCGAAACCGAAGGGACCGCAAGCACUUUCCAUGGAUUUUAGUUUUCCGCAAGGAAAAGUUCUUUAUGGUAUUCCAGAGCACGCCGAUUCGUUUGCCCUAAAACACACAGCUGGAGGGAAAAGCGAUCCUUACCGCUUAUAUAACCUUGACGUUUUCGAAUAUGAACUAGAUAACGGUAUGGCUCUUUACGGAGCAGUGCCGGUAAUAUAUGGAACAGGUCCUAGUCACACUGCCGGCAUUUAUUGGCAAAAUGCUGCGGAAACGUGGGUUGACAUUUUCUCACCGGACCAAGAAAAAAAUGUCAUGUCAUCGAUUGUGAACUUUGUGUCGGGCUCGAUUCAAGACGAUCCCCCUGCAGCCAACUUUAUUUCGGAAAGUGGAAUCAUUGAUGUAUUUGUUCUCACAGGACCUUCGCCGCUGGAUGCGUUCCGUCAGUAUACUGACCUCACUGGAAAGGCACCUCUUCCGCAAAUGUAUGCUAUUGCCUAUCAUCAGUGCCGCUGGAAUUAUAAUGAUGAGCAAGAUGUCACUUCUGUUUCAUCUAAGUUUGAUGAACAUGAUAUACCGAUGGACACGAUGUGGUUAGAUAUUGAGUAUACCGAAGGCAAAAAAUAUUUCACUUGGGAUCAUCACAAAUUCCCACAUCCACUCGAAAUGAUUCGAAAUCUUACGGAACGCGGCCGCCAUCUCACGAUUAUAAUUGAUCCGCACAUCAAAAGGGAUGGUAGUUAUUUUUUCCACAAUGAUUGUACAGAUCGUGGGUAUUACAUAAAAAAUAAGGAUGGCAAUGACUAUGAAGGAUGGUGUUGGCCAGGCUCGGCUAGUUAUCCUGACUUCUUCAAUCCGGAAAUACGUAAAUACUAUGCCGAUCAGUAUUUAUUGGAGAACUUCAAGGAAUCGACAGCUGAGGUGGGCAUUUGGAACGAUAUGAAUGAACCGUCGGUUUUCAAUGGACCGGAGAUCACUAUGCUAAAAGAUAAUCUUCACUACGGUGGUUGGGAACACCGUGAUGUGCACAAUUUGUAUGGUCAUAUGCACAUCAUGGCAACAUACGAUGGUUUGAUUCGACGAAGUGAUGCAACACUUCGUCCUUUUAUUCUUACUCGAUCGCAUUUCGCUGGUAGUCAGAGAUACGCUGCCGUGUGGACAGGAGAUAAUAUGGCCGAAUGGGGACACAUGCAGGCAUCGAUUAAGAUGUGUCUUUCCUUGGCGGUGGCUGGUAUCAGUUUUUGUGGUGCGGAUGUCGGUGGAUUUUUCGGAAAUCCCGACAGUGAACUGUUCUACCGUUGGUAUCAAGUCGGAGCUUUCCAACCGUUUUUCCGUUCCCAUGCCCACAUUGAUACGAAGCGCCGCGAACCGUGGUUGUAUCCGGAAGAGACUAAAUUUAUAAUUCGUGAUGCUAUUCGUAAAAGGUAUCGCUUGUUGCCUCUUUGGUAUACAAUGUUUUACGAGCAUGAACGUUCCGGUUUGCCAAUUAUGCGCCCAAUGUUAGCCGAAUACCCGGCGGAUGUGAAAGCGUAUGCAAUCGAUAGUCAGUUCAUGCUUUCGAACAAAUUAUUAGUAGCUCCGGCUCUAAAGACUGGACAAUCAAAAGUAGAUGUAUAUUUCCCGACCAAAGAAAAUGGGGAAGCUGAUCUGUGGUACGACUUGGAUAAUAAUCGCAAAUAUGGCACAGCUGGUUAUGAAUCAAUAGCUGUAGAUGCCUAUAAGGUUCCAGUGUUCCAAAGAGGUGGAACAAUUAUACCUCGCAAGGAACGCGUACGUCGUGCUGCUACUCUAAUGAAAGAAGAUCCCUACACAUUAGUGGUAGCUUUAGAUAAAACCGCGAUGGCCAAAGGAACAUUGUACAUCGACGAUGAAACAAGCUUUGAAUACCGAUCUGGAAAAUAUCUUUAUCUUGAAUUUGAGUUUCAUUUUGAUGUCCUCAGUAGCAAAAAAAUUGACACCUUUGCCUCGUAUGCCACAAAAAGCUGGUUAGAACGUGUAGUUUUUGUGGGUCUUGCGAAGUCACCUAAAUCGGCAACUUUACAUCUAUCCAAUGGUGAAUCAUCAACGCUGGAUGUUUACGCUGAAGAUGGAGCAAUUGUUGUUCGUAAACCAGGCGUUUCCGUGCUGGACAGCUGGUCGAUUAAAUUAAACCACUGAAUCGAAUACCGUCGUUUGCUCAGUUGAUUUUAUCAUAAUGACUAUGAGCUUGUGAACCUGUCCGAUGACUGAUGAGUAAAGCAUCGUUGAAGAUUAGUGCAUAACUCUUUAUUUUCAUCUAAAUGUCAGUUAGUGUGAAAAUAGAAAAAAAGUGAUUUAGUGCAGUAGGGAAUAACUUCAAAUAUUCGUAAAUUUAGACAAAUUGGAUUCAAAACAAUCUUAACACCAUCAUGUUAUUGCUGGACACGAUAUAAAAAAUAGAUAAUGUUCCAAUUAAAA